UAAAUGCACUCCAAAUUAACUCCAAACCCAAAAUAACCAAACUUCAUUUGUCCUCUUCUCUCUCUCUCUCUUCCCAAUCCAUUAUCAACACCACACGGUCUCUUCUCUUCUGCUUCAGCUUUUUUGUUUUUCUUCUCCCUAAUUUACCCUCAAAUUAAUCCAUUUCAUUUCAACUUAAGUAAAUGAAUCUCUGGAGCGACGAUAACUCUUCAGUCAUGGAGGCUUUCAUGACAUCCUCCGAUUUAUCCACCUUAUGGCCACCGGCGCCGCCGUCACAGCCGCCACAAACAUCCACCGGAUUCAACCAAGACACGCUGCAGCAACGACUUCAGGCUUUGAUAGAAGGCGCAUCGGAGCUCUGGACCUACGCUAUCUUCUGGCAGCCGUCUUAUGACUAUUCUGGCUCCUCUCUUCUCGGUUGGGGUGACGGUUACUACAAAGGAGAAGAAGAUAAAACAAAAGCGAAAUCAAAAGCAAAAUCACCUGCUGAACAAGAACACCGGAGAAAAGUUCUCCGGGAACUUAAUUCUCUAAUCUCCGGUAAUCCGGUCACCGACGAAUCCGCCGUCGAUGAAGAAGUAACGGAUACCGAAUGGUUCUUCUUAGUUUCUAUGACUCAAUCUUUUGUCAACGGCGGCGGACUUCCCGGACAGGCUUACUUUAACUCAACUCCGGUGUGGUUGGUCGGCGGGGAGAGUCUCUCUAUCUCGGCGUGCGAGAGAGCGAGACAAGGUCAGGAAUACGGUUUACAGACGCUGGCGUGUAUACCGUCGGCCAACGGUGUUUUGGAGCUUGGAUCUACGGAGUUGAUUUAUCAAAACAAUGAUUUGAUGAAUAAAGUGAAGAUGCUUUUCAAUUUCAAUAAUAGCUUUGAGUUUGGAUCUUCUUGGCAGUUAGGUAAUUCUAAUUCUGCUGCAAUAGCUCAUCAAGGUGAAAAUGAUCCUUCUUCGAUUUGGAUUAACGAUCCUGAAGCUAGAGAUUCUGUUGAUAAUAAUUCUCUUGCUGCAACAACAACAACGACGACCAACACUUCGAUUUCAAAUCCAAGUCAUCAACAACAUCAGCACCAACACCAGCACCAAGCUCAGAACAAUAACAAUAAUCAGAGUUUGAGUGUGAGUGUGACGAAGACGAUACAAUUUGAAACUCAUGCUUCAAGUACUGUCACAGAAGUUCCUAGUGUUGUUCAUGUUUCAAGCAAGCAGAAUAAUCAAAGUUUCUUUAAUAAGGAAAUGAAUCUUUCUGAUUAUGGUGGGAGUAACAAUCAUCAACGUUCGUUGAAGCCGGAAUCUGGUGAGAUUUUGAGUUUUGGAGGUGAGAGUAAAAAGAGUUGUUAUGUUACUAAUAAUGGAAAUUCGAAUUCGAAUUUCUUCUCGGGUCAAUCACAUAUAGUUUCGGUUGCUGAGGAAAACCACAACAAUAACAUCAACAACGGAAACGGAAAGAGGAGGUCGCCGAAUUCGAGAGGAAGCAACAACGAUGAUGGAAUGUUAUCUUUUACUUCAGGUGUAAUUGUCCCACCGGCUGCGUCGAAUUUGAAAUUCUCGGGUGGUACUGGUUGUGGUGAUUCGGACCAUUCGGAUCUGGAGGCGUCGGUGGUGAAGGAGGUGGAUAGCAGUCGUGUGGUGGAGCCGGAAAAGAAGCCGAGGAAGAGAGGAAGGAAACCGGCAAAUGGAAGAGAAGAACCGUUGAAUCAUGUUGAAGCUGAGAGACAGAGAAGAGAGAAGCUGAAUCAGAGAUUCUAUGCUCUCCGUGCCGUUGUUCCUAAUGUUUCAAAGAUGGAUAAAGCUUCACUUUUGGGAGAUGCUAUAUCUUAUAUUACUGAGCUGAAAACAAAGCUUCAGAAAACAGAAUCCGAUAAAGAUGGAUUGGAAAAGCAAUUUGAUGAAGUCAAGAGUGAGCUUCAGAAAAUCAAUGAAAACUCGUCUCAUCCCCCAUCCGCACCACCACAACAGCAACAACCACAGCCCAAAAAACCAUCAGCUUCCAAUCAAGCUUUAAUUGAUUUGGAUAUCGACGUCAAGAUAAUAGGUUGGGAUGCAAUGAUAAGGAUCCAAUGCAGUAAGAAAAACCACCCUGCAGCGAGGUUGAUGGCGGCGUUAAUGGAGCUUGACCUAGAAGUGCACCAUGCUAGUGUGUCUGUGGUAAAUGACUUGAUGAUACAACAAGCAACCGUGAAGAUGGGGAGUCGUUUUUACACCCAGGAGCAGCUUCGGGCAGCAUUGUCCUCUAAAGUUGGGGAUGCUCAAUAAAGUCUGCAAAUUUGCUGCAAUGAGAGAAAUUAACCGGGAAUGUUAUGUCUUCGAGUUUCUCACUCCUCCAAAAUUGUGGGACUCUGCGAUAUUUUAUGGAUUCCCGGUGGCUAUCUCUGUGUAAACUAGUAGUGUCUUUGUUUUUGGUAGCUUAGUAUGAAUUUUGAGGUAAUUUAAUUUGAGAAGUUAUAUGGGAAUGGGAUACUAGAACUAGAGUAUGCUAGUGACAGUUUUCUCACUGUCAUAGAUUUAGCUUUGAUGAAGUAAGUAAAAACUAAGUCUAUUUUCAAAUGUAAUAUUGUGCAUUUGUGCCCGUGUUUGUAUAUAAGUGUAUGUAUCUUUCUCAUAAAUGGGUAACAUGUUAUUUUUCA